AUGGAGUCGCGAACUCCGGCCUUAACACAUAAAGCUUCCCAGGAGACUAUGAUAUCACUCCUGCAGCUAGAUCCCCAACCCAUUGCAGAGAGCCCAUCUCAGGAAAAACCACUGCCGCCUCUGCCCGAGGAAAACUUGGACGAGUCUACAGGCUCGCUCAACUCACAGUCCACUUUUGGAUCGUCAAGCCUACACUCUUCGGCUCUGGGUCUGAGCGGUAGCAAUCAUGGGGCAGUAUACUACUUAACGAGAAUCCAGCGCUACUCUUUCUACACAUUCACCGCCUUCGCUGGGCUACACAUGGUGAACACAUCCUUGAUACCCCUGAUCUACCAAAAUGUACCGUACUCGGAGCCAUUCCUCCUCAUGGCCCGCGAAAUCUAUCAGACAAGCGUUUCCGAACCUCUCCUCGUCGGCCUCCCGAUCGCAGCACACGUGCUAGCCGGCCUCUCUCUGCGCCUCGUCCGACGGUCACAAAACCUCAAGAGAUAUGGCGGUGCGACGCCCGGCAUGUAUGCCUUGCACCGAUCCAAGACAUCAUCAACCAGUUCUUCCGACAGGUCAAAGAAUGGUCUCCGGAUCUGGCCGCAACUGUCCAACGUGUCGAUAUCUGGUUAUAUUCUCCUCCCGCCUCUGUUGGCGCACAUUUUUAUGAACAGAGUCCUGCCUCUGAUGGUGGAAGGUGACAGCUCAAAUAUUGGUCUGGAGUAUGUGGCACACGGAUUUGCGAGGCAUGGCAUCCAGCCAUGGAUCGCUUACACACUUCUCCUGGCAGUCGGCGUAGGUCACAUGGCCUGGGGGUGGGCGAAGUGGUUGGGUGUCGCUCCUCCGGUGGGCUGGAGGAGGACUACAGUUGACAAGAAGCUUCGAAAGAGGAGGAGCCGGGCCUGGUGGUCCAUCAAUAGUAUUGCGGCGCUGGUGGGAGUCGCCUGGGCUGCUGGUGGACUCGGAAUCGUCGCCAGAGCCGGAGCUGCAGAUGGGUGGCUAGGAAAGGUUUAUGACGGGAUUUAUGCUCGGACUGGGCAAUGA